ACCUGUCCACUAAACUACUACUACUAGUAGUAGUAGUAGUAGUCAUAUGGUCAGUACCCGUACUACAAGUCUAUGGCUAUUCAGAGUACAUGGAAGAGAGUGGGGGUGGUAUGGAUAUGGGCUCAGGUGGUAGAUCACGACGACGACCACCACUACCACCACCACCGCCACCGCCAUCACAUGAGUUUAUGGAUGACUAUCAUCGGCCACACAAUGACCGACUGUCCAGCAGUUGGGGCGGAGGUGGCGGUAAUAACAACUUUCCCUAUGAAGAACCCAUACUAGCCGUGAGCUUAGGUGACGGCAGAGGCGGCGGCGGAGGCGGCGGACCAAUACAUUAUAGGCCCGGCGGCGGCGGCGGAGGUGGUGGUGGUGGUAGUCAUAGACGCCGUCACCAUCACGGCGGCGGUGGCGGUGGUGGUCAUGAUAGAGAUGACUACGAUAUGGCCGAACGUAUGCACCGACGCGGUUACGCCGAUAUGUACCGAGACCUGGGACCACACCAUCACUACGACCACAACGAGCCGUUAUUUGACGACAACGGUCCUCCACCAGCCGAGUCGUACAGCAAUCAGGGCUCAGAUGCCGGCGGCGCCAGUAACUACGGGUCGGCCGAUAACGGCCAGUCACCGCAGGCUAGGGCAGCCGAAAAAGCCAAAAUGGCGGCCAGCUAUGAAAAGGCGGUCAAACAGGGCGAACAUCAGGCGAAUAGGGAACUGGAAGAAAUAGGUGGUCCCGAUCCGUACGAAGGUUUCUAUUUGCCCGAUAUAGGCGUACUGGACGACGGCUCUGGCCAACACAGUGGCCAGAAGAGGCGCGUUAAUAGUUACGCCAGUAGUUUUGAUGAUGAUGGUGGUGGCGGUGAUGAUGAUGGCGGCAACGGUAGCAGGAGGAGGAGAAAAAGGAAACGUAAGUCAAAUAGGGAUUCAGAUACCGGUGCUGGUGGUGGUAGUGGUGGCGAUGAUGACACCAAUCCGGAUGAUUUGGAGGCAGCAAAACAUAAUUAUUAGUAAUAGUAAUAAUAAUUGUUUGGGGGGUUUAUGAUGGAUGGGGUGGGAGUAGGAUUGACAUGUAGGUGCUUAUUGAUGAUGAUAAUGAUUAAAAGUAAUAAUAAUAAUAAUAAUGAUAAUAUAAAAUUAUAUGUUU